AUGCCCCUGCAGGAAAGGGCAAUCGCUUACUUUUUGUAUCAUUAUGAUCUUGAAUCGCCUAGCCAGAACAAAAUCGGCGAUAUGGGUUUUGUUAUCCUAUCGAAGAGCGACAAGGAAUGGGAGCAUUACCGACUGGCAUUUGAAGCUUGCGCUAUGGCGUCGUUCAUCAAUGAGACCGGCGGUCAGCUUGAAUACAAAAGCUUGACUAUUGAGACAUACAAUAAAGCGCUGAUGGCGAUGCAUAGCGCACUUCAAGAUCCAGGUGUCGUUUGUGAGGAUGCAACCUUGGCUGCAGUUUUACUUCUAGCGCUGUUCGAAUGCUUAAAUCCUACGACUGGGGAGCAAGAAAGCUGGCGCAAUCACGUACAGGGUGCUAUUGAGUUAGCCCGAGGACGCGGUCGGAAGCAGAUUGACACCCGAAUUGGACAAAUGCUAUUCAGGGCAACCCGCACUUUAAUGGUAAUAUAUAGUCUCGCAACACUAGAAGACGAAAAGGAGAAAGAGCUCUGGUGGUCCGGAGACGAUGAAUGCACUUCGACCCAAAAGCUUUGCGUUGGAGUGGCUUCGCUUAGCGCAAAGGCUACGGUCCUUCUUGGUCCGUCCGGACAUAAAGAGGAAGUCGAAGUCGAAGUCAUGCUUAAGCGGUGUCAAGCUCAUGAUCGAGCUUGCAAAGCCAGGUGGGAGGAGUUGUCAAAGAGUACACAGGGCAUUAGCUCUGACAACACGGACCCCUGGCUGCUGAUGCUUCUGAAUAUGCUGACAUGUGCACGAAUCCUCCUGAACUCAAUCAUUAUGAGAUGCGCGACCUGGACUUACAAGGUCCCCAAUUAUCAAACCUCUGAAGAGUAUGAUGGCGCCUGUUCUGCUCUGGCGGAAAUUAUUCUUCACAGUGCCAAGGUCAACGAACAGCAACUCUGCUGGGCCGAAGAAGCGCAGUCCUCGUUUGCGGAACUCGACGUUCAAUUACAGCCUGGGCGGGAUUCGAGCAGAUGCGCCAUCAACAAGUGGAUAGAAGAUAAUAGGAGCCUCUGGGAAGAGAAGCCGCUGGUAGGGCUACAGCCGUUAGCUGUUAUCUGGUCUUUAGAAUGCCUCAACGACGACCAGAAAAUCGCCAUCGAUACCCAAUUACGACGCAUCGUUGGUUUCUUUCCGAACCCGCAACGGAUACUCCCGAGGCUGGUUCGCGAGAUUCUUCCCCAGCUUCCACGGGACGCUUUCGGUACACGCAACAGGAUGAUGACACUUUACUUGAACUUUCGAACGAAGGCAUCCCGUGGCGUGAAAUCCGAGACCGCUUUCCCAAACGCCCUGACAGUUCUUUAA